GCAUCUGCAUGUGGCCACAGCUUCUCACGUAGAUGUAUUCUGACAGGAAAUUGAGGAAAGCAUGCUGACUGUCGACACAUAAAUAUCUAUGGUCAUAAUAAUCUGUGUUCAAGCAGUGCCUUGUACAUAUAAAGAGUUUAAACACCAAAACUCUAAAGAACACCAUCAUCUCAAAGCCAAAUAAAGCCAAGAGUAGGAAAAGGUUAAAGUGAUGUCAGUCAUACCUACACAAUUCUACUCUAGAUAUAGUAAGUGCAUAUCUCCAUUAAGUUGUUUGUGUGUCUGCCGAUUCAGGUGGGCAGAAAACACAACUGGACAGCUGAAGUGAAACCACGCGACUGCCGAUAGAGACAGAAUAGAGAAUUAGGUUUUGGUAGACGAUGAAAAUAAAGCUGUUCCUGUCUCUCUCUGGUGGUGUAGCUCAUUUCCUGUGCUCUGCUGAUGCUGUUGUUUGCCACUUUCCGUUAAGAUUGUUGUCCUCACCGAGAUGGCUGAGGCAACUUAUAAACUUCUUAUUCUUUUAUGCAUUACACGAGGAACGUAUUGCCUUGUUGUACAUCAUAAUGAGUCUGUAACUGCUGUGGAGGGACAGAAUAUCAGCCUGCCCUGCAUUGUGGGAGAGGAGCAUGAUGUCAACAUUAACCAGCUGGAAUGGAUUAAAAAACAAAAGGAAAGUGAUCAGAAGAUCGUUGUGUUCAAUCCUCAAUUCUCAAUAUAUUAUUUUCUCCAAAAUUUUCAUCUGCAGUUGAUGAACAGUUCAAAAACAGGGAAGUUCCAGGGCUCUAUUCUGAACCUGCAUAAAGUAAAAGUGAAUGACAGUGGAAAUUAUAUUUGUGAAAUUACUUCUUUUCCGAAUGGCUCAUUUAGAAGAACUACGCAGCUGCAAGUUACAGAGCUUCCAGUAUCAGUGAAGCUGUCAUAUCCAUAUGGAUUCAUAAAAGAGGGGGAUGAAGUGAAGAUCACUUGUUCAGCUAGUCAUUCACCACUCCGUUAUAAACUGCAACGGUCAAAGGAAAAGGUGUUUUUGCUGGAAAGCUCAAAUGGAGAGUUUAUUUUACAAAAUGUCACCAGAAGUAACAGUGAUCUGUAUGUCUGUUUCCCUGAAUGGGACUCAUUAGCCCAUAAUCAGCAAGGUUUCAACACCACCAUGGAACUGACUGUGAAUUUUCUUGACAGCAUUGAGUGUAACACAAGCAGCCCUUUACAAGUCAGUGCUGGUGAAGAUGUGGUGAUAUCUUGUAAAGCAAACACUUCUCAGUCCUUGCAGUACAUUUGGAUGAAGGGUGACACAGUAGUGUCUUCCUCUGACACUUUGUCUCUGAGUUCUGUGACUUCGGAUCAUUCAGGAAUAUAUCAACUGACAGCUGCCUUUCUGAACAAUCAACUCCAGGCGGACAUUGAUCUUUCUAUCCAAGUUCUCACAAAGACAAGUGAGGGAAUUACAAUGCAGACAACACAUUCUGUAGUAAGAAGCUUCAGCACUGCAUAUCCAUUUCUCAGUCAAACCACCAAACAUCUGAGCAACUUUAUUUCAGUGGAGACCAGCUCAUGGAACAGAGACACUGCUGUGACAACAACAGAAUCUGGUCACUUACAGACAAGCACAGCAACAUCACAUGCUACUAUGUCAACCCUUGAACUCAGCACCAGACAUAAAUCUCCUUUCAUUGGCAACUCUUCUCCUCCCCCUGUUGGCAUUGCAUCCACAUUACAUGCAACCACUGUAAACUCUACACGCACCUCAUAUGAAGUAAAUCUGAGCACAGCUCCAGAUCCAACAACCAGAAGCAAAGUUUUUACAUCUGCUGUCCUGGAGAAAAACAUCACCGCCAACUCCACAAUGAUUGGCCCCAGUGUGACAACACCAAAAGCCUCAAAAAGCUCUGCAUAUAUUGCUGUCCCAAUUGUGUUGCUUUUGCUAGUGUUGAUUAUGCUUCUGUACAGAAGACAUCUCAACCAGAAAAGAAUGGAUAUGCCACCCCCAUUCAAACCUCCUCCACCACCAGUGAAGUACACAUCAGUGAGGAACCAGGACGUCCCUAUGACUGAUUUUCAUGCACUUUAGCGCCAACCACAGACAGUGGGCAAAUGCUGACUGACUGUUUCUAUUGUGGAAAGAUUUUUCUUUGGACUUUGCAUUUAGUUAUAUUUUUUUGUUCAUGUGAACAAAAGUCAAAUGUGAUAUGUUUUUGUUUUUCUAUCAUGUGUAAGUAUAUGAUUUAGUGUUUCUGCUAAACUAUGUCUUUGUGUCUUUCUGAAUCAGUUGUAGAUAAAAUCCUUCAAUCCUUUAAGAAAUGUUUGAUCUUUUAACCCACCUAUUCGAAAUUUAAAAUUAGCAAAUUUGGUGCACAAAUUAAAACUUUAACUCGGUGUGGCAAAUACAUUACAUACGUUUGUUACUGUCUCAACUCUCGAGUUUACAAAGCAAACCCUCCUACACUAUGAAUGUGUAAUAUUUUCCCUGUAAUGUGCAAAAGUUCAAAAAAGUGGCGUGCGAGUGAAGGUGGGGUCAAAAACUUGGUGAAUUCCAGAAAAAGGCCCUUCUGGAAACUUUAAAAUCUAAUCAUCAAAUCAAGUAUUAUUUUCAAAUAUAUCAGUUUUUGCAUUCAAUCACAAUUAAAGUACAGCUGCAUAUACAA